GGGGGACGGGCACGGCGGGGCUCGGGCACCGCCAGCACGGCGAGGAGCCGCCAGCGGGGCUCGAACCGCCCGCGCCGGGCAGGCAGGGCUGGCUCGGCUCGGCUCGGCUCGGCGCCGCCGGGGCUGCUCUAGCCGGGGGGAAUGUCCCGGGUCAGCGGGAGCUCUCCCGCCGCCGAGCGCCGGUGCCGGGCCCCCGUUCCGCCGCAGCCCGGCCCGGGGUCCCCGCGGCGGGGCUGCUCCGUGCCCGCGGCCCGCUCCGCCCCCGCGCUCGGGCGGGGGUCCCAGGGCGCUCUCGGACGCCUCGGUGCGAGGGUUGGGGCUGGGGCCGGGGCUGGGGCUGGUCCCGGGCGGGGAUGUCUGCGGCGGCCGCCGUGUCUCGGUCCGGGCGGGCACUGGCAGAGCUCGGUGGGACGCGGGUCCGCCGGGCUGCGGUGCGGGCUGCCCGCGGGAAGCGCUUUCCUUUCUUCCUUCCUUCCCUGGCUGCUGGACACAUCCGUGCGGCUCGGGGAAACUCCCUGUCCCUGGCACAAACCGGGCACAGACCCCCCGGAACGGGCCGGGUUCCCGGUUCCGAGUGGUGCGAUCCUCGUGAGCGCAGGGGAUGGAUGGAUGGAUGGAUGGAUGGAUGGAUGGAUGGAUGGAUGGAUGGAUGGAUGGAUGGACGGACGUUCAGGCUGUGCUCCUCAGGGAGCAGCACUUGGCGCCUAGGUUUCACUUUUCAUUCUCAGCUCGCUAAAUGCUUUGAGGAGAUGAGUGGCUCUUUCCAGCCACGGAGAAAUCAGCACCGAGAUAUUAAAAAAAAACUUGGGGAGAAUCUUGGCCAGGGCCCAGGAUCCCUCAGAGGUGAGCAGGGAGCCGGUGUGGGGUUUCUGAACCACUGUAGGGACUAGUAAAAGCUGCCACGGUUGGAUGCUUUUUGAGGGGGACUUCAGCAUUUGAUCCAUGUGAGAGUAAAAAGGGAUGGAAGCUGUGAAGGAAUUGUAGAGGUGACUUUGUAGUACGAACAUCCCACAGGUGAUGGAAGCUGGGCUGGACUGUCCCUGUCCCGUGGCCCUGUCCAGGGUGUGACAUCUGCCCGUGACAGAUGGACACCCGGGAGCUUGGGGGAGUGUUUGUGUUCAUAAUGCCUGAGCGGGGCAGAGGGGUAUAGAGAACCCGAGAUCAUUUCAAUCAGAGUAGUCUAAAUAAAAAUAACACAGAGAAUUGCCUGCUGUGGCAAGGAACCAAAACUGAGAGACAGCAGGAGAGGAAGGCUGUCGCCUACAGCAUCAAUACUCCUGUGGGCUGAGGAGAUGCAGGACUAAUAAGAUUUAAAUACUGCAUCAAGCUUUCGUUUUCUUCUAAAAUCACAUUUGCUAUGAAACAAAUGUACAGUAAUAUAAGAUGCCGCAGUCACUGCACAUAUUUGAUUUCCUCUGUGAUGGUAAAGGAGAAAAUGUUGAUGACUCAACAAGUCUGUGUUUAACAAAACCACAUCAAACUCCAGGAAAACAUGCUCUUUGACAGUGUAAUAAUUUUUUUGUUGUUUAUUUUGCUAUUUAUUUUUGUUUUGGGGUUGUUUUGCUUUUUAUUGUUAAGAACUGUGCUUUGACUAUGACCUUGUAACAUCACACCCAUAAAUAGAAGCAGGUUUAGAUUCAGGGGAAACACAUUUUUUCCGAUGAUGGAAGAAGUAGGCCAGCCAUGCCAGCUCUCUUGAGAGGUGGGAAAGGCAGUGGCAGCUGUGAUAAGAAAUGUCACACACCAGGAAUUAAAAUACACCAAUUUGUUAUCUAUAAAUUUACCAUCACUGAUUAGAGUUAGCUUUUUGUCAACAUCAUAAUGGAAGAAAAUGCUAUUUUCAAAUUUGUAUUUAUUGCUUCUUCAUAGGUUUUCCUCUGCAGACCUAGAGUGGAUUAAGCAGCUUCCCAUCUUCAUCUAAGUUUAAGUGAACUGUCACUUAACUGAAAGUAAAAAGCUUCUGAAAGUGUGUCAGUGAUGUGGGAGCUUCCAACACAUUUCCUAAAGCCUUUACAUACUCUGGGGCCUAAACAUUUUGGAAUUUUUCCUGGGGUUUAAGGUACUGAUGGGAGGAAAUUCCUCCCAUCCUUUUUCCAGGUUCUCACAUUUUCAGUGAGUCUCUCUAAAGCCAUGGUUUUGACAACACGUGCAUUUCCAUUUAGUGUGAAUACACCACUGUAGUCUUUGGAAAAAAUGUCUUAAGAGCUCCCCACAGAAUGUAGGCUUCAAGAAUCAGGGUCUGUAGAUAACACGUCCACCACUGAAGGAGCCUGAUACCAACUGCAGAUCAUGUGCAAGCACUGAUAGCUCAUAGAGCUCCACAGUGGUUUGAGUUGGAAGGGACCUUAAAGAUCAUCUCAUUCCGACUCCCACCAUGGUCAGGGGUACCUUCCACUUGACCAUGUUGCUCUAAACCUGGUCCAACCUGAUCCUGAACACUUCCAAGGAUGGAAAGUGUUUGUGUCAUCCACAGCUUUGCUGGGCAGUCUGAGCCAGUGCCUCACCACCUCAUCGUGAAGAAUUUCCUCCUUAUAUCUGAUAUAAACCUGCCCUCCAUCACUGUAAGGACAUUCCCCAUUGUCCUACUGCUACAGCCCUUGUAAAAAGUCCCUCUCCAGCUCUCUUCAGCUACUGGAAGUUGCUCUAAGGUCUUCAUGAUGUCUUCUGUUCUCCAGGCUGAACAACCCCAACUCUCUCAGCCUGUCUUAACAGGAGAGGGGCUCCAUCCUUCUGAGCACCUCUGUGACCCUUCUUUGGACUCAUUCUAGCAGGUCCAACAUCCUUCUUAUGCUGGGGUUGGUUACAGGACAGAACAUGUGCCGGUGCAGCUUGCACUGGUGAAAUACAUGGUGUUCGUACCUGUCCAGCACACGUGGGUAUCACUAAGGAUUUGGGUCCUGGGGGGAGGCAUAUUGUUCACACUGCAUGGAUUUGUCUCUUCUGGGCUCAUCUGCAAGACUCCUGCCAGUGCAGGGGAAAGGAAGCUGGAUCUGCUGUGCAGGAUGCUGGACUGAAGGCAAAAGGUGUGAGUGGAAGGGGAAGGCAGGGCAGUGAGUUGACUUCCAGCAAAGAGCAUCUCUCUCUUACCCAUCUGUGUCUCCAAAGAUAACUACCUGGUCAGUCAGUUGUGUUUGCCUCUCUCCCCGGAGCUUCCCAGGAGCUGCUGGGAAAAUCAGAAGAGGCAUUACAUGGCCCUACAUGGGUUGCCUUUCCAGUUUUCAGGGCUGGCUCAGAGCUACCUCUGUACUGUGUCAUGCCUGUGCUCCAUGGAGGGGAAAAAACAGAUCAGCAGGAGAUAGGCUGGCCCUCUGCCAUAGGCUGUGUCUUCCUUCCACCCCACACUGUCUCCCAGGCAUCUUCUCCCCGUGCGGUCCUGUGCAUCUUCUGAGUGGGUGAAGCAAAUUCAGAAAGGCAGGAGAGUGCUGAUCUUGGAGACCCUUCUAACAGGAGCUGCGGCACGGAAAUGGCCAAUACAAAUAUUUCUGUGCAUGCUCAGCACAAUUCCUCCGUGCCUUUCCUGGAAAGAAACAAAGAGAUUUUAAAGAGAGAGCUGGAGCCUGCCAGCUCCCUGUGGUGACUGCUGAAGUCAGGUCCUGCCUGAUCUCUGUAGCCCAGAGAAGGGUGGAAGUCCCAGCUCAUUUUAACGGGAGCAUCUCCACCCAUCGUGCCUGCCUGCAGGGAAUUACUAGAUCUACCUGAGAAGUUUCCACUAUCCAGGCUUUGAGUUGCUUUCCUGCUCUUCUCGCACUUGGGGAGGGGAAGGCUCAGAAAUGGGUGAGUCACUGAAUUGUCAACUUGUAAGAGCAGCAAAAGAAUGAAACCCCCCCCCAAAAAAGCAGGAGAAGCCAUACAAGACUUAAGUGCAGUGCCUGAAGUUGUUAUAAACCACCCUUUUAUGUCACUUAAGAACUGUGAGAUGCUAAGCUGAGAACAUAACCUUCUCAUUCAGAGUCACAUCAGCCAGAAAAGCUCCUGUGUGCUGUGUCAGCAUCAGCACUGCUCCUGCAAACUACGUCUUCCUUCAGGUCUGUGCCUUCCACGGUCUCAGAGUGAAGCCUCAGGAUUUCCCAGACUUUCAGAUCCCAUUUCAUGAUGUUUUACUACAGGAUAGGUCUCGGGUACCCUGCGAAGGGUAGAAGCCUACUCAGGCUUCUCAUUACUCAAUCAACACAGUGGACACAGGCAGCAAGAUGUUUUUGCAGAAGAGCAGAGGAAGUUCUUCAGACAAGGACUGCUGCAGAGAAGUGGCACUGCAAAUGGAGGCAAAUUUGGGGGAGAAAAGUUUGAAGAUAUCUGUGGCAGAACCUGUUGGUAACUGUGCUUUUAAGUACAUAGUUUUGAUGAAAACAGGCCAAAGGUUUUGUUUUCCAGUUGUUUAUAAUAGAUAGGUAGUUUUCCUGCUCAGCAUUAAAAUGGAGGAUUUAUCCUUGGAGAGAGAAAUUGUCCCUGCCAAGUGAUCACAAGCUGGUGUAGUUUUGUAGGAGAACUGUAGCCAAAAUGUCUGAGCUUGUGUGGGGAAAAGAGAUUAUUUUGUCCCUGUGGGAAAUUCUGGUAGCCCUUUCUCCUCUACUUUCCCCUGUUCUGAAAGCUGUUUUUCAAUUUUGGUCCUGGUGAAGAACAUCUUGUGGUCAGGGACGUGGACAUGCCUUAGGCUUCACUGCUGGCUUCCAAAAACAACAUUCUGAUUUUUUUUUUUUUUCAGUGUAUAAACCAGAGGGGGUAUGGAGUUGGGAGGGUCAGUGCCUGUCAGCCCGUGUUUUCAUUAGUGUGUGAUGGAGUAGGGAGGCAGAUACUGAAUUUGUAGGUGACACUGAGCUAGGAGGGACUGGAAACAUUUUAGAGAAGAGACUAAGAAUUGAAGAUUGUGACAAGCUGGAGAGCUGGUUUAAAAAAAAAACAGGGCACACGUUCUGUCCUGUGUGGUAGGACUGACUGACCGCCUGGACACCAGGUGAGCAACCAGCCAGGCAGUGGUCACUGGAGCCAGAGGACAGGGACACUGUGCCCCAUGGGUUAACAGGGGCACACGGUUGUGCAAAAGCAAACAGUCUUCUUGGGAUGGAUAAAGAGAAGUGGUGCAGUGGGGAAGCAGCGUCUCUGCUCCAGCUGGUGCCUUUUAGGGGCUCAGUUGGAAAAUGCGGCUCUGGGCAUCCUCCAGGAAAAAUGAGAGCAAGGAACAGAGGCUGAGUUGUUGGACAUUCGGUAAAUAACAGCUCUGAUGAAAGAGUUGGGUUUCAUUUGUGCAGGAAAAACCGAAGAGAGAUGUGAAACGUGUUCUCCAAAUACAGAAUGUGUCUGAAGAGGAGAAGGCAAAUCAUUUGCCAUGUCCUUUGGGGGUAAAAGAGGAAGGGAUAAGGUUAACUGGAUUGAGAGAUAAAGAGGAGAGAAAGCGGGGCUCUGCAGGAGCUUAUGGAAGUGGUUUUGGCAGAUAAAUGCCUGAUAAUGAGGUAAUCAGAUAAAGAGCUGCCCUGGGGCAGGAGGAGGGAUAAGGACUUGCGAAUGCAGAGUGCAUCAGGGUGGAGAACAAUUGCAGGGGGACACGUGGCAACUCCUGGAGCCCCACAGCAGGUGAGGGGUCACAGCAGUCCCUGGAUCCACAGCAGGAUGUCCAGAGGAGACAUGGCCAAACCCCUGCUGGGCCCUGGCAGCACGGCGGGUGAGCGCAGCCCCCCGGCGCCGGCGGGCCGCACCGUGGGCGUGCUGGGCAGCGGGGACUUUGCGCGCUCCUUGGCCGUGCGCCUGGUGUGCUCCGGCUUCAGGGUGGUGGUGGGCAGCCGCAACCCGAAGCGCAAGGCCAGCCUCUUCCCUGCUGCAGCAGAGGUCACCUUCCAGGCCGAGGCCGUGAAGAAGGCGGAUGUCAUCUUCGUGGCGAUUUUCAGGGAACAUUACUCCACCCUCUGUGACCUGGCUGAUGUGCUGGUGGGCAAGAUCCUGGUGGAUGUCAGCAACAACACGGAGAUCAACCACCACAAGGAAUCCAACGCGGAGUACUUGGCCUCCCUGUUCCCAGCCUGCACUGUGGUAAAGGCCUUUAAUGUGGUUUCUGCGUGGACGCUGCAGUCGGGUGCCAGGGAUGGAAAUAAGCAGGUUCUGAUCUGCUCAAAUAAUCAAGAAGCCAAGCGCACCAUAGCAGAAAUUGCUCAAGUCAUGGGAUUCACCCCUGUGGACAUGGGCUGCAUGUCAUCAGCCUGUGAGAUCGAGAACAUUCCCCUGCGCCUCUUGCCAGCCUGGAAAAUCCCCAUCUUUUUGGCUCUGGGGCUUUUUCUUUGCUUCUUCACCUACAACCUGAUCCGGCAGGUCAUCCACCCUUACAUCAGGGAGCAGAAGAACAAGCUGUACAAGAUCCCCAUCGAGGUGGUCAACACCACGCUGCCGUGCGUGUCCUACGUCAUGCUGUCCCUGGUCUACCUGCCCGGGGUGCUGGCAGCCUGCUCCCAGCUCUACUAUGGCACCAAGUACAGGCGUUUCCCAGACUGGCUGGACCAGUGGCUGCAGCACAGAAAGCAGAUUGGUCUGCUCAGCUUCUUCUGUGCAGCCCUGCACGCCGUGUACAGCCUGUGCCUGCCCAUGCGCCGCUCCCACCGGUACCUGUUAAUCGAGACGGCCGUCAAGCAGGCUAUGGAGAAGAAGAUGACAGUCUGGGUAGAGGAGGAAGUCUGGAGGAUGGAGAUUUAUAUCUCUGUUGGAAUAAUUGCCCUGGGCUUGCUGUCGUUACUUGCCAUCACUUCACUUCCAUCCAUCGCAAACUCUCUCAACUGGAGGGAAUUCAGUUUCAUUCAGUCCUCCCUUGGAUUUAUUGCCUUGGUGAUCAGCACUCUGCACACGCUCACGUACGGCUGGUCGAGGGCCUUCGAUGAGAACCAGUACAAAUUCUACCUGCCCCCAACCUACACCCUCACCCUGCUCGUCCCAUGCACUGUCAUCAUAGCCAAAGUCAUCUUCAGUUUGCCCUGCAUCCAGCACAGACUUGUGAGAAUCAGGAGGGGCUGGGAGAAGGGCAGAUAUGUCAAAUUUGUUCUGCCCAGUGCAACGGGGGAGUUUUCAAGUGGGGAGACCUCCAGUAAUGUCUAACAGCCCCAGCUUUGAGGAUUUCAAAGCACUAUCAACAUUUCUAAGUUCAAAGGUGUUUCUUAAAUAUAUGUAUGUUUUGGUAUAAUGGUAUUGUUGAUAAAAUAAUAAAAUUUGGUGACUUCCAAAAAUGGAUGACCAUCAAACUUAGGUUAGCCAGUAGCAGUUAAAUUAUAUUGCUGAUUUGCUAGGACAAUUAUUGCCUUAAUUGUGAGAGCCAAGCUAGCAGCACUAAUAUACAUGGAAACUGAUGGACUCUGUUAGUCAGAUCAGUCACUGGAGGUGCUGCCUGGCAGCUCCCCAAACCAGUACUUCUCAGUUGCUUUCCUAGCUGCUCUCAUAAAUUUCAAUGCCUUUAUUUUUUAAUAUGAGGUUGCACAGAUUUUCUGGAGUUUAUGAGUGCAAAGAUACCAUACCUCUUGAGUGUGUGGAUCAAUCAAGGCAAUGAGGUUUAGAAAGAUCAAUUGCCUCUGGUUUUGUUCUCCUCAAUGAGCUCUGUGGACAAGUCAGUACAGCUAUAUUCAUGUUACUGUGACAGCAGAUCUUACUAAAAUCAUCAAAUAUGACAGCAAGCCCAGUAUCCCUGUUCUCUCAAAUACAGGCAGCACUUCUGGUCCUGGAAGCAGUGCCUGAUGCAUGUUUAUAAGCUGAGGAAAUAAAGCACCUUUUCCAGGAGUAUAAAAGCAUUUGAGAGAGAGACAUCCCCAAUACCAGACGUCUGGUCUGCACUGCUGGCUCUGAGGUGACAGCUACUGCUGCAUGUUCUCUGUUACACUGAGCCAAAGUUUCAAGCAGUAUUUGAUUGAAAUAGAGUGAGGAUAAUUAUUGGAAAGGUUUGCUGCUUCACAAAAUUACAUGGAGAAAACCAAGGCCUUCCAGCUGGCCUUACAUCAAAUAAUAGGGUGAAGCUUUUAGAAAUGGCUGUCACCUGAACAUUCCCAUUUAAGCAAACAAAACAGCAGCUCUAAACCCACUGGUUUCAUAGCAAUAAUAAGAUCUUUGAACAGUCCUGCAAAGGGAUCAUCAAGUCUUGACCACAACAUGAAAACGUGUUGUACAUUUUGGGCACAGUCCUUCAUUGCCUUACACCUUAAAAAGUCCCCUGCUAGAUCUCAAAGCAGGUAUGAAAUGCUCUUCUGAUUUCACAUCCACUGUGGACAAGGCACGGGGCAAAGAAGAUUUCUGUCCUAAUUUCAUGUUUCACCUGUUGCUUUCUAUGAAGUUCUUACUCUUUAUCAGAAUAAUUCUUUAGGUUUUGGACAUCCAAAUCACCAAACAGUGAAUGGACAGGCAUUCACUAAAGCUCAUUUCAAAGCAAGCAAUUGGGAUGACACAAGAAGACUACCUCAGUAAGGUCAGGUACAAGGACAUGCCUGGAACAGCCUCAUUUUCCUACAGUUAAGGAAAAGACACUCAGUGUUCAGUAUUGCUUUGAGAAAACAAGAGCUGUCAGCCCAAAAUGAGGUACAGCUUGUGGGACAAGUACCAGACCAGUUAAUAUAAAGGGGAGGGGGAAUUAGCAGCUUUGGGGCACAUGAGCCCCUCUACAAGCCAUUGCUUCCAUAACCUGGAAGAGUUCUGCACAGAUGGAGACUCACAAGAAUUCCCUGUUUAGCCUCAAGUAACUGCAGUGAGUCAUAUUCUCCAAAUAUUGCUCACGUGGCCCGUGAUGAUAUUGACUGUCAGUUCUUGCCUAACACUUACAGUAAAGUCUCCAAAUGCUGCUUCUUGAGGGGAAAGCCUAGAUUUCAUAAUAAGGUGACUUUUUUGUUGUUGUUUUCAUGGGGUUUGGACAACAUGGUGAAGACACCAUUCUUUACCACUGUCCCCCUCAGCAAGCUGAGUUUGUUAGGUUUCCCCAUCCGCCUCAGAACCUAGCCCAGAUUGGCACCUGACCAAAUCACUCUCCAAGCAGACUGAUGACCCACCACCAUUUCUUUCUGGUUAGGUGAUAGGUUAAGUUUCCCCAUAGAUUUGAGACAGUUUCACCUGAAUACAAUUCCACUCACUCCACUCAACUCAUCCUCGAGGGAAGACUGGAUUCAGAAAGCCUGGUUUUUUAGUUGUCUUUUCCAUUUCAUCAUUAGGCAAAGACAAGAUAAAAGCACCAGUUUACACAGUUUAUGGUGUAUUGCAAUGCCUUUUUUUCCCAUCUAGGUUUCUUUUCACAUCUUUAGGUUAAGCAAGACUACUGUCUAGUGGCAAAAAAAGAUUAGGAGGCAGAGAAAGAGCAUUACACAGGCUGGCAGGCUUUGUCUUCAAGGGGAAAAGAAUGAUUUAUUUUGAAUCACUGCAAGGUUAAAGACUCACCUUUCUGCCCAGCAGAAGGUUUGCACCCUUGCUUUGUUUACAAGACUUCCAUGCCUACAAACCCUUUCCCAUGGCAAAGGGAGAGUUUCCAUGAGCAGAGGGGCAGUCAGUGAGUCAGCAUGGUUCUUUUCAGAUGGACACAAAGGGACAGACAAGCCAGCUCAAAAUCCCCACAGUUACUGCAGCUCUACAGCAUCUAAAGAAAAAAAAACUGGUCAAGUGUCUCCAGGUAAUGCCUGUGCCAACAGACUGGCCAGCCAGCCACCAUCCCUUUUGAAAACCAAAACCAAUCCUUAUAAAUGCAGAACAGCAUUUCACAUGAUGCCCUCUGUAUGCAUUUGGUCCUUAAAACAUGGGACACAACUGUUUUAGUCAUUUCUUCUGAUUCUGGAAUGCUGAAAAUGAAAGUAAGGGAUUUUUCAGUUAUCUUUUCCCUAAGCAUUUUUGAUAUGCAUAGGACAUUCAGUGAGAUUGGCUUAAAAUUUACCAUUUAACUGGUUUUGUACUUGAAGUUUUUCUCUCUUUCUGUAUAUAUGUACACAAACACAUAAAUAUAUGUAUCUUAUUUGCAGAAUAUAUAGCUUGAAUGUAAAAAUCUUUGUAUUUUUAUUUUCUGUACUGCCUACUAUGUGCCUCUGGGAUAUGUAAGAACCAAAUGAAAAGCUGUAAGAGUAAGGCCAGUUUUAAUCUCUGGCUUCUGUAGUUAUAUAAAGAUAUUCUGAACAGAUCUACAUAAUUA